AGAAGAGAAGUAGUCAAAAUCUUUCUUUAAUUCUCUUUCGCUUUUUGACUCUGGUAUAUUACUUAUUACUGGAAUUUUUUUUAUGAAAUUGUUUCUGCAUAAACGGUUUGAAUUAAUAGAGAUAGUGUAUAAUUUUUUUUUGGUGAAUUAGUUGGGUAAAUAGACAACAGUAAUUAGUUACAUUUCCUAUUUUGCUACAAUUCAAAUUACACGAAUUUGUUUAGUUUUAUUCUGUUUCUGAUUCAUGGAGAGCGAUCGCGAGUGGUUUACUCCUACAGGUGAAGCAAAUACACGCAAUAGGAACGAAAAUAAGCGACUAACCAGAAGUAUAUCAAGAGUUUGUAAUACUGGGAGAUAGUAUACACUUGCCAUGGAAAUAGAACUUGAAAAUACAGCUCAACCGAAUAGAGCUGGACGAGCUCAACAGGUGGGUAUGGAGCAACUAAAACAAAUGAUGUAUAUGAUGAUGAAACGAAACGAGGAUUUGGCAAUACGGAUGACUGAAAUGCGCAAGGAAAUGGUCGCAUUUCGCAGAGCUAGGGGUGAAACAGUAGCACCGCCAGAAGAAGUAAAGUUACCAAAGUGGAGUAUACCAGAAAUGUUUUCAAUGACAGCGCACAGGCUAGAAUUACCGGUGGAAGAGCAAGCGGAUCGUGUUAGACCAGACAAACCAGAUGAUCUUGGUUGUGAAGUAGAAACGUUAUAUCAACAAGAGGAACUUAAGGAUUUACGUAGUGUAGAGUAUAAAGAAACUCCCAGUUAUGUUUUAAAGCAUGAUGUAAACAUGAGGCGAGUGGAUGCAAUUCAAACAUUACCAAAUAGAGAUAUUAACCACUCUGAAGUACAAGACAGUGUACCUACUAUAGAAAUAAAUCGGAGUAGUUCAAUUUUAGCUACUGGUGCACGUAACUCUUCAGAUAUGGCUGUUUGUCGCUUACCGACUUUUGUUCCAGUCUGCAUAGGCGAAAAUAGACAUCGAGAGGUAGUAACGGAAAAAUGUUGGUCAGAUGAUCAAGUUAUAGUAUUAGGUUCUGAAGUCUUACGUGGAGCACUUGGGUGUGCUAAUGAAGAUGAGAUAAAGUUUCCGGACUGUGGUUCUAUUUUUGAUACAAUUAAUCCACUAUCUAUGAAGGAUUGUCAUACAGAAAAAAAAAUACGGUUAUUGGGUUACAAGAACGAAUUUAAGGAAAUAGCUACUUUAUCGCUAAAUAAUUAUAUGCACAUUUUUAAUGUUGAAACUUUCAAGCAAAAAUUUUCUCGUAAGUUGACAAACUGGCUGUAUAACGUUAUCUUAAUUUAUUAUUUUUAUGAACUAUGUGUAGUUACUUAUCGAUCGUUCAUAAUGUUAUCAGAUACAAGAACCUUGCAGAAUAUAAGAAAACUGACAUCUCGCGAUAAGGGGGGUGGUAUACGUGAUACCAGUCCUGGAGGCAAUUUGAUUACUGUAGGCACAGGAUUAGGCAUGUUGUUAUAUAGUGAAGGAAUUGUUUAUGCUGAAUAUGAAAUGGAUGGGUUUCAACAAGUUAAAUAUCAGCAAGUCACACACUGCUAUGAUAGCACUAGAAUAGGUAGAUUUGCUGCUGGUGGGUCGUUACUUGUUUUACUAGUAGAACUGAUGAUCGGCAACAGUUACUAAGAGAAAAGAUAGUGCAUGAACUCAAAUUGGCUCAUCAAAGGGCCGAAAAGGUGUAUAACACAAGGAGUAAGCCAAUUUCUUUUAAAGAGGGACAAAUGGUAUAUAGAAGGAAUUUUAGACAAAGCAAUGCAGCCGAAAGUUAUAAUGCAAAACUAGCU